AUGGAAACCGAAACGGCUCGCUCACCUGUCGGCACCCUGAUGCCACAGACCAUAUACACACAGAAAGCACUCAAACUGCAGGCCCGCAGAAUUCGGAAAGGGACACACAGCUGCUGGGAAUGCAAGCGGAGAAAGAUCCGAUGCACCUUUGCUGCUCCGGGUGAUGCUAUCUGCAUCGGAUGUCAUCGUAGGGACACCGACUGCAGAAGCCAGGAUCUUCCUGAGGAACUUUCAACCCCAGCGGAUCGUACACGUCAGAUGGGAGACCGAAUCAUUCGGGUUGAGACGUUGAUUGAGCAGCUGGUCAAGAAGGUUGGAGGUGAUCCAUCCGCUGUGCAGGCACUGUUGAAACCCGCAGAGGCUUCUGUGGUAGUCAAAGAUGAUGGAUCAACUGGCUCGGAAUCAAGUCACCAGUUUGCUAUUGAUACCCUUCUACAGGAAGGGCUGGAUCUCGAAGAUGAAAGUCUCGGUGUUCAACGCCCAAAUCCUGCCGAGUGUCUCGCCAAGCUACGACCUGACGAUGGCAAGCACGGCCGACUCUCCGAAGCACUGCAUUCGGCAUACCCAUCUCGACAGGACCUUGAUACUAUCUACGAGCUCGGCGGAAACAAAGCUGGCUUGUUUGCCUUGGCAUUGACCAGCGCCGACCCUGCGUCAGGCCUCGGCGGAAACAGUGACCCAAAAGUCGUGUUUGGAAUUCCGCCCCGAGAUCUCCAUCCGGUCCUGGUAGCUCGACACAUGCUUGUUCUUUGCCUGUCUCUACAGUACACCCACAGGAAUGCAUACACAGAUCUCCCGCCUGACUGCGAAACUCCACGGACCAUCAUGCGGAGGCUAGCGGACACGGCAAUCCGGCUCGUUACCACCAACGAUGAAAUGCUUAGCUCCAUUGAGUCGUUGCAUUGUAUCCUGCUAGAGGGUCUAUUUCAGAUGAACUGCGGGAACCUACGCCGAGCCUGGCUGGCCUUCCGCCGCGCUAUAACGGUCGGCCAGUUGAUGGGUAUUCAUCGAAGCUACCAGCACCGGCCUCUGAGAAUUCUCGACGCUUCGAUGCCAGUGGCUCCCCAACACCUCUUUCAUCGUCUUGUAUGUGCAGAUGCUGUUGUGUCCCUCAUGCUUGGCCUUCCGCAAGGCGCAAUGGAAGCAGCAGUGGCUUCACGUGUCCACCUGCCGGGUGACGACGCCCCCGUCAAUAAACUCGAACGUCUUCAGAUGGGUGUCGCAGCUCGGAUCCUGGAGCGGAAUGAAUCUGAUCCAAGCUUCCACGAGUAUGCAUCCACCAAAGCCCUUGAUCUGGAGUUGCAGAAGAUGGCAGGGGAACUGCCGGGAAGAUGGUGGUUGCCGCCCAGUCUCAUUGGUGCCGGCAAUGACGUGAGCGAGAUGCUCGGGAGAAUGUGGCAACUGAUGAGGCAAGUAUUCCACUACAACCUUUUGAACCAGCUUCAUCUUCCAUACAUGUUGCUGCGAUCCAGUAAGCAGUCUCUCGACCCGAGCAACUCUUCUUACAGCCGCGAUACAACGUCGCCUUUCUGCUGCCGCGCUGUGGACUUCUACGCCCUCAUGGCUGCCAUGACGCUCCUUUUGGCACACCCUGCAAGGUCAUUGCCAACCCCCAGAUCACAGCAUUCUCGCCCACCAAAGGCUUGGAGAUUUAGGCUUGGUGGAGGGGUAUCUCGAGAACAUGGGACGCGUUCAACAAAGUCAAUGCGGAUGCGCCUAAGCGAGAAGAGCGCCGGUCUGAUACGCAGGCUCAUGGCCAUCGAGGCUGACGCGGCCAACGGGCGGCGAAAGUACGACACCCAGGCCGUUCACCGGUCUAGCUCCGAGUCCGUCACCACGCCGAGCCGUCAAAACGUCCUCCGUGUGUUUAUUCCGUACUAUGGGGUGGUCAAGAUUGUGGCUACCGAUGAAGUCAUUUCCAAGGAGGCGGUCACAUCUGACGCCGCUGGUUCCGCCACCGCGGUAACUGGACCUGACGCUCCGUCGUCUGCGACGUUGGUGCCGCAGUCAGCGUUCGAGCGGCAACCCUCUCAGACACCUAACCAGGAGCAACAAUUGUACGGCAACAUGGUGCAAAGUCAACAAAGUUCUCAGAAUCUUUUUGUUGGAGGACCUGACUUUUCUUCACUCCCAGCCCAACAUGGUUCUGGCCACUUGCAGCCUGAACACGACUCGUAUCUUUACCCUGCUCUCACGGCAGGAGUGGACGACUGGGCCUUUCAAGGGGUUGACAUGGCCUUCUUUGACUCUUUGAUGAGGAGUAGGGACAAUACGGGAGCUGGAUUGGGGCCGGGGUAUAUCAGGGAUCCGCCGACUGGGUACUGUGACUGGGAGACGCAAUGA